AUGGAUGGCCACACAAAUACUCACGCAAUAUCUAAGGCUGAUGAUUCAGACAACUGGAGAAGACGUCCCGUUGAUCAAGAGGAAUCAUUACAACAACGGCCCACACUUCGCACUCAAAACUGGAAACGUCAUAAUAACAACAAUCGACCAAAAAUACACAUGGACGAUAUCGUGCCCAAACCUCGACGUAGAAGGCCUAAAGCCAAGCAUGCUGAGACCAAGAUGGAGAACAGCCCUGAUGCUACGCCUGUAGUUACAAAGGCAGAUCAACAGCAGCCACCUGCGCCAGAAAUAACUCUUAAUUUAGUCGACUUUUCAGUUACAAAGAACGAAGAAAACGCUUGGAAUCAUUAUGCUAGGCAUCAGGAAGAUGAUUCAAACGAUGAAGAUUGGGUGAUUGGUGCUCCAGUUGACGAAAUCAAGGAGCCCAAAGCAAACAAGAGAACGGCGCCACCUUAUAUUCACCCUUGGGACAGAAACUCACAUAACAAAAGAACGUUCUUCCUGCCCUUCUGGAAUCCUUUGGAUAUAGAAAGAGGCAUUGAACAAGGUACAUUGUACCAAGGCAUUAUGUGUCUCACCAAGAAUCCAAUAGAUGCUUAUGUCAAGUCCGACGAUCUUGAUUUUGAUAUAUACAUUGGAGGUGCUCAUGACAAAAACAGAGCCAUGGAUGGGGACCUUGUAGCAGUGCAGUUGGUAGAUGUUGAGGAGGUGUGGGAGCUGCGUAAAGAACGUCGGCGCAAGAGAAAGGAGAUGCAUCUGCAGCGUCAAAAGGCAAAGCGAGAUCAGGAAGAGCAGCAAGAUCAAAAGGUGCCCGAGCAAUUUGAGGAUCCAAUUGAGGAAGAAGAGACAGUAGUAGCAGAUGCAGGCGCAGAAGACUCUGAUGGAGAAGACCACAAGCCAGUAUACUGUGGUCAUGUUGUUGGUAUUUUGGAGAGGGCGCCCCAUGCCACCUACACAGGAACUAUACUCUCAGAGGAACCAGGAGUGUUGGAUGAACUCAAAAGCAACGCUAAAGAGAGGCAGCAAAAUGGACUUGCGAUAGCUUGGUUCAAGCCAACUGAUCGGCGCGUGCCCAUAUUCAAACUUCGAGGCCGAGAUAUUCCCCGAGAACUAGGCGCCAAUGAAGAAUACUUCAAGACACAUUUAUUCUCGGUCUCGCUCUUGCGGUGGCAAAUAACAGACAGACGCCCAAGCGGUAAAUUUGAAAGAGAAAUUGGGCCUAUUGGCGACUUGUUCACAGAGAGACAAGCCAGUAUCACCAACAAUUGUAUUAUCGAUACUGGAUUCACGCCAGUUGCACUUGGAUGUCUGCCACCUAUACCUUGGGCGAUACCUGAGAAAGAGUACGCGUUGAGACGAGAUUUGAGAAACGAGCGCGUGUUUUCGAUUGAUCCCCCCACAGCCAAGGAUCUGGAUGAUGCUCUUCAUAUCAAAGAGCUGGAGGAUGGGUUCUUUGAAGUGGGUGUCCAUAUUGCGGAUGUUUCUUACUUUCUCAAGCGCAAUACCGCCCUUGAUGCAGAGGCAAGAGCUCGCGGCACGAGUACAUACCUUGUUGAUUCGGUAAUCCCUAUGUUGCCGUCGCUUUUGUGUGAGGAGCUUUGUAGUCUCAAUCCUGGUGUUGAAAGGCUUGCAUUUUCUGUUAUCUGGAAGAUGAACGAGCAAGGCAAGCCUGUGGAUACCUGGUUUGGAAAGACGAUUAUAAAAUCCUGUGCAAAACUUGCUUACGAUGAUGCUCAGCAAGUGAUUGAAGGUGAUAUUUUGCCGGUCGAUGUCGACAUUUUUGGCAACCAUGAUGAUUAUGCCAUCUCAAACGACAUUCUAAUGCUACACAACCUCUCUGUUCAAAUGCGUCAACAAAGAUACGACGGUGGGUCUCUUUCCAUGAACUCUGUCAAGCUGCAAUUUAUGUUGGACGAUAAGGGCGAACCUAUCUCAUUUUCCCAGUUUGAGGCCAAGGCUGCAAAUCGCUUGAUUGAGGAGUUUAUGUUGCUUGCUAAUAUUAGCGUUGCUCACAAAAUCGCAAAAUCGUUUCCUGACGAAGCUUUAUUAAGAAGACACGAGUAUCCACUGUCAAAAAGACUGAAUGAAUUUAUCAAGGUUACAGAGGUGCUUGGCCUCAAUUUCGAUGGCCAUAGUGCUGGCUCCCUCCAGUCGUCCUUUGACAGUGUCAACAAUCAAGAUGUCAAAGAUGUGCUCUUGAUCUUGGCUAUUCGAACUAUGCAACGUGCAAAGUACUUUUGCUCAGGAUCUCUUGAUAUCGCCAAAUUCCAUCAUUACGCUUUGAAUGAGGCUUUUUACACUCACUUUACGUCGCCCAUCCGUCGUUAUGCUGAUGUGAUUGUGCACCGCAUAUUGGAAACUGCCCUCGCCAAUGACAAUAACCACAAAGCAAUGCCUUGCCCAUACAACAAAAAGAUGCUGCAGAAAAUAGCGUUUGAAUGCAACACUAAGAAGGAUGGCGCCAAGAAUGCACAAAACAGCGACAUUAUGAUUUACCUAUGUAGAUACUUGACCAUGGUUGAGAAACUCAACGGCCCUGUAUACACAAAAGCGGAUGUCAUUACUACCUCCAAGGAAACAUACGAAGUAUGUGUGCCUGAAUACGGCCUUGAAAAACGCAUCCACUUGAAGGACUUGCCGGUAUCUCGUUUUGACUUUGACAAGACAAAGCUGUCAUUAAAUAUAUUCUGGAAACGAGGUGUUCCUGUCACAAUGAGAAACGAGGAAAAGAUGUACGCAGAGCGAGUUACAAAAGACGACUACAGCAGCGAGGAUGACGACGACGAGGUCGAUGAAAGUGGAGAUCCUCUGGACAGUUUGGCACGAAUGACGCUGCAGGAACCCAAUCCUGACAAAGUUGUGGACGCUGGUGCGUUGAUACCAUCUGUCAUUUUGGACGAAGAAACGUGUAUGCAGACAAUCAGCAUGUUUUCUCAAAUCGAUGUUCGUCUACAAAUCAACAAUCUAGUAUCGCCACCUAUGAUCAACAUAUAUCCAGUAAACCCUUUCUCAGGAGAGGAGGAAGAGCUGAAACAAGAUGAAAAGAACUAG